AUGUUGACAGCGUCUACCAAUGGAACAUCGUCGCCGACUUGGUCGUGGGAUGCGAUUGAUUGGGGCGAUUGGUACACACUGCUUCAGUUAGUUCCUGCAUGUUUAGGAUGUCUUGGCAACCUAGUGGUCAUGGCUAUCCUGUUUCCACGAAAGUCACAGAAUAGAUCUACAGACACCCUGAUCGGCCAUCUUGCUGUGGCCGACUUCCUAACAUCAGUGUUUCUUCUACCAAUCCCUUCGGUUAGGAAUGUUCCCCAGAACUGGGCUGGGUUCUUAUAUUGUGGCUUCAUACAUACAAAGAGCUGCCGUCUGGUAUGCAUCUUCUCCUCGAUUUACAUACUCGUCGUUAUCUGUUGCGAUCGCUACGUUGCGGUUGUCUACCCUCUGCAGUUCAAUCGUUGGCUCACGAGAGGGCACUGCACCUUGUCCAUUGCUCUCACCUGGCUGGUAUCCUCCGUAGGCCAAUUCACAGCGACUUUCACCACUCUGGAUAUAUCAAAGAGCGUUUGCAGGUUGUCGUCAGGGUAUUAUAGUCGGGUCAUCGGUGGUUCUCUGAAUUUCUUCUUUGUUUUCGCUUUACCCGCCCUGGCCAUGCUCACCUUACAACUCAUUGUUGCCCAUAAGUUGCUCCGGAAGUCCCGACGUUUCAACUCCGCAAUGAAUGGCCCAUCUGGUAUCCCUUCUUUUCACUUGGUUGCACGACGGAAGGUGCUGAAGUUGACGGCCAUCGUAGUCGCCAUAUUUGUGACCACCGUUGGCCCCAACCAAAUAAGUUACUACUGCUACAACGUCGGGAUGUUGCCUCGGGAAUACCUUUCGGGAGAGUUUCAUCGCUUCACAUUUCUUCUCGCUUGCUACAACUCGUGCGCCAACCCAUUUAUAUACGCCUCACAGAACAAGAAGUUCAGGGAAGCAUUUUUGAACAUGUGGCCGAUAUGGAAAAGGCCCAAGUCUCGUGACCUUCCUAUAUUUUAA